AUGAUUGCGGAAUUGCUAUUGGAGGCCAGCGAGAAAGAUGCCAAGAUUAGCCUGCUGGAAGCCAAAGAGAAGGACAACAAGAUGACCAAUUUAGUGGAAGCCAAAGAAAAGGAUGACAGGAUAAUUAAUCUGUUGAUGGAAGCCAGCGAGAAGGAUGCCAAGAUUAAUCUACUGGAAGCCAAAGUGAAGGACAGCAAGAUGAUUAACGAAAAGAUAGCUAAUCUGCAAUUGGAGCUCAAGGAAAAGGACGACGAGAUAAUUAAUAUGCUAUUGAAAUCCAAAGAGAAGGAUGGUGAAAUGCUCAAAAUACAAGACGAGAUGCUUAAACUACGAUUGGAGGCUAGGAAGAAGGGUGGUGAAAUGGAGACUAAGAAGAAGGACGAUGAAAUGCAAGCCCAGGCCUUAAACAACCUUACCAUGCAUCAAAAGCAUGCUCAUUCUAUCCUCACUCAGGAUUUUGAGCUUCAUGAAUGCCCAUUUCCUCGUUUGUUUAUAAUUUUGCCUCUUAAUUGCACCAAGUGGGACCCAGUAAAACUCUUGGGGAACAAGUUCCGCGUCCAUUUCUUAUGUGAAUGUGGAGACUACACCGCGAUGGCCAACAAACCUAACCCGGGUCAAAUCCACAUUGCUAGACAUGAUGGAUAUGAAGUUCGAGACUGCACAGGGUUCUUUCGCAAGUAUGGAAAGUACAUGCUCAUCCUCUUACAUUGGCUCAAGCUGGGAAUGGCCUUACCUGAUUCUCUGGCACCAGACCCAAGUUUAAUCGAUGCCGGUAUUGACUAUUCAAUCGACUAUUUACAAGCGCUCUCCAAGAAGUAUCCGGCCUUGAACAAGAUCAGCACAAUUAAUGACUUUGAAGGGCUCAAAAAAACUGAACUCCGACAGCUGGGCACAUCUUUUCGGAUUACAGAUGGGAACAAGGACCUUGGUAACCUGUACAGGGUCACGACCGAAACAGGCUAUGUCAAAUGGGUUUGUCACAACCACUAUCGUUCGAUGUAUAAGGAAAAAAGGCAGAAAGCGUUUGAAGAUGUAGUGAAAAUGAAUAAUGCCAAAUACGACUCCCACCUUGGCAAACUGGUUAUCAAACUGGGAUCCAAAGCCAGAGCUGAAGAAUUCUUCAAUGUCCUAACCAAUGCAGGACGUGUUUACGAGUUGGACAUCACAUUUGACUGGGAUUGGGCCGAGUCUGAUCUUGAAGCAUUUGAGAAUAUCUUAAAGGUAUCUUACAAGACUCCUCACUUUACGACCCAAAAGACCGCCACAUCUUCCACAACUUCAUAA